AAUAGAGCGGGAUUUCUUGUCUCAUUUUCUUUAAAAUAUAAAAUUAAAUAACAUGUCAAAUUCGACACUUUGUAGUAAUUUUCAUUCAAUUAGUUAAAAACAAAACACCUUCCUCCUUAUCAAAAUUUGAACUGGAAAAUUUACUGUGCAACACUGGCUGGAACAGCUGUUGCUAGUUUGCGGUUUUCCAAGGCGUGCACCUGAGUUGGUUACAUCCUCUCUGGACUACGAUGAGCGGCGGGAUGAUGCUCCCAAGGUUGUGGCGUCAGUGCGAUGCCGCCAUCCUGCCCCGGAUCAGGCAGGCACUGGCCUGUGCAGGCAUCAGGCGGCAGCUGGCUACGACGAGUGCCGAAAAGAGCACAUCCGCCGACUUACGUGAGCGGCCGCACUGCAAUGUGGGCACCAUCGGGCAUGUGGACCAUGGAAAGACAACGCUGACCGCGGCCAUUACCAAAGUCCAGGCACAGAAGGGCCUGGCAGAGUACCUGUCCUACGACCAGAUCGAUCGGGCGCCCGAGGAGAAGGCGCGCGGCAUCACCAUUAAUGCGUGUCACAUUGGCUACGCCACCAGGGAGCGCACCUACGCCCACACCGACUGUCCGGGUCACGCGGAUUAUAUAAAGAACAUGAUCUCGGGAGCAUCGCAAAUGGAUGGCGCCAUUCUGGUGGUGGCCGCCACCGAUGGCCAGAUGCCGCAGACCCGCGAACACUUGGUGCUGGCUAAGCAGGUGGGCGUCAAGCGCAUCGUGGUCUUCAUAAACAAGGCCGAUUUGGUGGAUCAGGAGGUGCUGGAGCUGGUGGAGAUCGAGAUGCGUGAAAUGCUAAGCGACUUUGGCUUCGAUGGGGUCAACAGCCCUGUGAUUUGUGGCUCUGCCUUGCUGGCCCUUCGCGAGGAUCAAUCCGAGUUUGGUGUGCCGUCCAUUGAGAAGCUGCUAGAACACUGCGACCAGUAUAUACCGACGCCACAGCGUGACACCGCCUCUCCUUUUAUCCUGCCCAUCGACAAUGCGUUCACGGUGCCUGGCCGCGGCACUGUGGUGGUGGGCACCAUUAAACGUGGCACGAUCCUCCGAAAUGCCGAUGCGGACCUUUUAGGCUUUAAUCAGAAUCUAAAAACUAGCAUCAGCGACAUUCAGAUAUUCCGGAAAAGUGUCCCACAAGCUCUAGCCGGCGAAAACGUGGGUGCCUUACUGCGUGGCAUCAAGAUCUCGGCGGUGGAGCGUGGGAUGCUGCUAUGUGCGACGGGCAGCGAGGAUAUAUCAAAUCACUUCGAGGGCUCCAUGUAUCUGUUGUCCCGGGCCGAAGGUGGUCGGACCAAGCCAAUGCUCUCCAAGUAUAUUCAGCAGCUCUUUAGUCAGACGUGGAAUGUUCCUGCGCGCAUAGAUAUAGUUCCCAGUGAAGCUAUGCUGAUGCCGGGCGAGCACUCCAAGGUUCGCGUCACGCUGUUAAGGAAAAUGGUUAUGACGCCGGGACAGGCCUUCACCAUCCGAGAAAAUGGAUCCACUGUGGCCACGGGGUUAAUAAGCAAACGAUUCUCCUCCUUGGAUUUGCCCAAAAAUAAGUUGUCCAAAGCCCUUGUGGAUUGUUAACUCGCAAAUACAUAAAUAUAUUUGUACAAAUUCGGAGUGUUUUUCCGUUAAUAUAUCGUGUAUAUGUGUGUUUAGCUUUAGCUAACAAUAAUUAUGGAA